GUGGAGGUGGGCCUUUUACGAUAGCGGGCGGCGCUUUGCGGCGGCGCUUUCCGGCCUGAAGCCGCAUCCCCGUGCGGGCGGCCGGGCAGCGGCUCCCGGAGCGCCCGGGGCUGAUGCAGAAAAUCAACAGGAACGUGGUCCUGGCUCUUCUGUCGCUGACCAGCCUGAUUUUCCUGCUUUUCCAGCUGUGCUAUUACAAGUUCUACCUGUCGCAGAAGAAUGGAGCAGCUUUUUCCAAAGUCAGAGGAAGCCAGUCAGGCCAAGACAGCACUAGAUGGCAUGUGGUUAGGAAGUUCCUUGGAUUAAUAUCCAGUCAUAAUAUUCCAGUAUAUUUGAUCGAUCCUUUAAUUCUGAGGCUGGUUGAUAAAGACAUUGAGCAAAUCAGAAGCUCUCCUGAUGGCUCUAGCCCAGAAUGCAAAUACUUCUGUGCUCCAAGAGACUUCACUACCUUUGCACUACUGGACAAAACAUGGAAACAUGAAGUGGGCCUUUUUAGAACUGCUGAGAAGAUGGGGUUCCAGUGGCUGAAGAUUAUAAACAAGGACCCCCGCUUGGAUGGAAUGGAUGACCUGUCUGGGGGGGAAAUUCCCUUGCACUACAUAUUCAAACUGGCAUCCCAUGCCAUUCACCUGGUGGUCUUCUAUGAGAGGAGUGGCAACUUCCUGUGGCAUGGACCCCUGAGACUCAAGCAACACAUGGACAGAAAGUUUGUGCCUUUCCGGAAACUCCACUUCGGUCGCUAUCCUGGGGCAUACGAAAAGCCAGAACUUCUGCUUGUUUCUAUUGAUGACUUGAAAGUUCAAAUUCCAAAAAAUCCGUCCAGUUUCCUAGACGAGAUGUCCCACUCUAGAUUUCUUGAAUGUAGGUACAGAGAAGCUCGGGCUUUCUUUCAGCUGUAUCCUGAUGAUGCCUCUCUUGACGCAGUGGAAUUCAGGAAAAAGGCAAAAUCCUUGCUUCAUUUGGCUGCGCUGAUACUGAAUAACUUGGGAGUCAAGUUCUGGCUGAGUAGUGGAACAUGUCUCGGCUGGUAUAGGCAGUGCAACGUCAUUCCUCAUAGCAAAGAUGUGGAUUUGGGAAUCUUUAUAAGAGACUACAAAGCAGAUAUCAUUCCAGCUUUUCAGAAUGCGGGGUUGCCACUGAAGCACAAAUUUGGCAAGGUGGAAGACAGCUUGGAACUCUCUUUUCAGGGAGAAGAUGAUGUAAAACUUGAUAUUUUUUUCUUCUAUGAAGAGGAUGAUCACAUAUGGAAUGGGGGAACUCAGGCCAAAUCAGGCAAGAAAUUUAAGUAUCUCUUUCCCAAGUUUACUUUGUGCUGGACUGAAUUUGUGGAACUCAAGGUCCAUGUGCCCUGUGAAACCUUGCAGUAUGUGGAGGCCAACUACGGCCCAGAGUGGAAGGUGCCUGUGAAGAUGUGGGACUGGAAGAGCUCACCCUUCAACGUGCAGGACAAUGGAGUCUGGCCUAUUGAUGAAUGGGACAAUGUCAUCCAAAUCUACUGACCCCUGGCUGCUGACGGAGCCUGUCCCCAGUACUGUCAGUCUGUCAUUUCCCAGUGCUCAAGGCAUCGACAUCCGUUCCCUUUGUAAUGCCCCAUGUGUUUCUUAAGGAACAUUUCCUUCCCUUUGUUUAACAGGUAAUUCCUUCACCUUCACUGUGCUUUUUCCAAGUGAUUAAAGGAGAAGAUGAAAAGCAACUGGAGGGAAGGGAAGCUAAAAUAAAAGCUGCACAAAGGGAGUAGAGAGGAUGGCAGUGGACUUAUGGACAGUUGACUGUUUAAGCAGUGCCCAGGUGGCUUUGACAUUUUUGAGAUCAUCAAAACCUUCACUGUUCAAUUCUCAAGCUUGAAAGAAGGUUAGGAUGGGAAAAAAAGAGAAGUUCCUCUUUUUUCAAAGGAGAUUGUGUGACUGUUUAACUUCAAAACACCAGAGUUAUGAGUUCCUCAAAUGUGCUUGAUUUGAGACUGGUGCAUCCCUACCAUAAGCAAUGGGUUGCUCUUGGGAGUGGAAUGUUUCUGUGUCACAGAGCCUGUGUGACCAUCUACUUUACAUCUAGGAGGUAUCUGGAAAUGGUGUCACACUAGGUGAAUGGAAAGAGAAACUAUUCACAAUAUGACAUUUUUCAAUUUGUCCUUUUCUUCUUUAAGAAUGUGAAGGUGCAUGCUGCUGGGAUGGCUCCCUCAUGAAAACAAAUAAAAUUCUGACUUUAAUGUCCUAGUCCUUAUGUUCUCCCUGUAAAAGGUUUGAGUGCAUUUUUAGGAAAUUACAGCUAUGCCUGCUUUCCUGCAAGUAGAUAGAAAUGGGGAUUAUUCACAGUUUUCUGUUUCACAGAACAGAGGCUUCUCUCUAAGGGAAAGGAGAAAUGUGUACAAAUACCAACUGUUCCAUCAAAUUUGCAGCAGCAAUCCUGCCAGUCCCCUCAGUUUCAGUUUCUCCUGCCACUCAAACACUGGAGUAAAUGAUUCAGCUUCUGACAACAACUUGUCAGGCUGGCUCUUGAAUUGGAUGGUAACUUUGUUUGCUCUGCCUAGUUAAGAAGAGAGAGAUGUAAAAUUCUGCUAACACCAUUCACUUGCUAAAGUAACUAUGACAUCAUAAAGGGUAAUUUCUCAGGUAGAAUUUUUUUUGUACAUUUUCCUUAAAAUGGAAAACAAGCAAAUGUCUGUGUGGUUUUCAUGUUCAUAACUCUGUUGUCCUGAACUUCUUGGUAUAAUAACACGCAGUAAGCCUGUGAGUUUCUCAGUUGUGAUAAAUGUUUAAGGGUAAAGGAAAAGAUCCUCUCAGCAAAUUAUAAUCUGUCAAAUUUUUGACUUUGUAGAUGAAAAAACUAAUAAAAAAAAAGCAUGUCCCUGAAAAGGAGGAUGUCUUGAAUAGUUGAUUAUACCUGUAAGGUAUAUCAAUUCUUCAGGUUGAAAUGUUUUCUCUUCAGGAGAUAAAAUUGUGUAUUUAACACUGAUUAAAAGGAGAGUCUAAUUUGCAACUUGA